CUGCGAACUUGCCGGCAUUGAUGGGUUUGAGGCAUGGGGAUACUUCAGAACAAGAAAACCUCCUCUUCUCCUUCCUCAACAUCGCCUUGUGCCAAUCUCAGAGCUGCUUACCACAACUGCUUCAACAGGUGGUAUUCAGAGAAGUUUGUAAAGGGUAAUUGGGACAAAGAGGAAUGCGUUUCAGAGUGGGAGAAAUACAAAGCUUGUCUUUCUGAACAUUUGGAAGAUAAACAACUGAGUCGGUUCUUGGAGGCUGAAGGACCUGUGAGCACCACCACUGCAACCAAAGCCGAUGGCGGGCGGUCCUAAUGGGCUUUCUCAGUAGAAUUCGGUUUGUACUACGUCAGAGAAUGAAUUAGAGAAACAGAAAAGAUAGAUAGGUACUGAACCUUAUGUGGAAAACCGUAUAAUUUCGGUGAUCUGCUGUGCUCAACUAGAAAAUUGCCGGACAUUGUAUGUUUACUGAGCUAGUUAAUCAACAUGAUGAUAAUUUGAAGGAUACAUAAUUUGACUUUUCAGAAGUAAAUGUGUUUAUGCUCUUACA